AUGGCGCUGGUCGCAUAUUCAGACUCUGAGGGUUCCGAAAACGAAAAGCCCCAAUCUCAAUUAAAGAUUGACAAGCCGACAUCGAAGCCUGCAGGCACAUCGACCUCGAAUUUCACAGUCAACAAGGCAAACCCCCGAAAGAUCCAAGUCAAGCUCCACGAUGUGCCAACAAAUGGCGAGGCAGAUGGCGAGCCUGCACCGAAGCGUCCACGGCUCGGCGGCGGCGCAGGUGCUUUCAGUGGGUUCAACGCGAUGUUGCCUCCUCCGAAGCGAGACUCCGAGGUAAAGACAGCUGCGAAGCCUUCAACCAGGAAGGUCUUCAGUCUGAAAACCGGUGCUGAGCCGGGCUUCAGUCGAGAGUCAGAUGCCGAAUUACGGCAGCUGUUUGCGGAGCAAGGGCGGCAAAACACAAACGGCGCAGUCGAUGUGGAUGUGGAUGAGACGAUACCUUCGAUACCGAAGAGCACGAACCCGACGGUAUCGACGGCGCCACAGAAGGCUUCCCAGGGGAAUACCUUCAUGUUCAAGCCGCUAUCCGUGGCGCGCAAUCACAAGAAGCCACAACGGAAAGUCGAACGACCAAAAUCUACGAUUACCCCAGCGCAGGAUGGGUCACGAAUGUCUGCUCCCGCUGGAUCGGUCGCCUCAGCCUCUGAGAAUCCUAAGCCAGUUUCCAAGAAACCGAGCCUAUUCUCUAUGGACGACGAGCUGGAAGCACCUGUAAAAUCUCAACCCGACGAUGAAGAUGAAAUCAUCGAGGUCUUAGACGACUCGUAUGACCAGAAUAUAUCUCCCACACCCUUCGAAGAACCACCCAGCGCCCCGGGCGCUUCACAGCCUCAAUCCCUUGACGCCAUUGCCUCCGAUCUAAACCUAUCCAAAGCGGAUCGCCGCCAGCUCUUCGGCCGGCGCGGCCCUCAAGGCGGCGCAGUCAAUGUCGUAAACUUCAACACCGAUCAAGAGUACGCCGCGAAUGAAGCAUUCCGGGCAAGUGGCGAACAAGUGCAGCAUAAUCCUGUAAGGGCAAUUGCCCCCGGAAAGCACAGUCUGAAGCAGCUUGUCAAUGCGGCGACCGGGCAGAAAGACGCUCUGGAGGAGAGUUUUGCUAUGGGACGGAAAAAUAAAAAGGAAGCGGGCAGCAAAUAUGGAUGGUGA